UAAGAAGAGAGCUCUACAAUCUAGGUGGUAGUUUCACACUUUUAUCAUUGAACCAGUGUGAUGUCUGCUUAAAAAUAAGUAGAAGAAAAGGGAUAUUGUGAAAAUGUCGGAUUUAGGGAUAGUUUGUAAACACACGAACGUUUCUGCUCUCAACGAGGAAACAAUUGAAGACUUGACAGAACUCGAGGAUCUGGAAGAGGUUUAUUUACAGCUCUGUAAUGAACAGAAACAGGUCCAGGCAUAUCUCCAGGUACUGGGGGACCAACAGGGGACCAUUGAGAACAAGAUGCAGUUGCUUCAGAGGAUGAGGCCGAAAUUGCAGCUGAUUGAAGGAGAUGCUUCUCAACUUGGUGGAAUGAUUAAUUUCACCUGUAGUCUUGCUGAAAAUGUCAGCAGCAAAGUCAGGCAACUGGACCUCACCAAGAAACGAUUGUAUCAGGCUAUACAACGUGCCGAUGAUAUACUGGACUUGAAGUUCUGCACAGAUGGUGUUCAGACGGCCUUACAGAGCCACGACUAUGAGCAAGCAGCUGCUCAUAUCCACCGCUACCUUUCACUCGACCAGUCAGUCAUAGAGCUCAGUCGACAGGGAGGAGAAAGCAGCAGUGUGGAAACAAGCCUUGCCUUGUUGAAGGAGGCAGAGGUGCAGCUUAAAGCUCUGGUGACCAAGCGCCUUGAGGAAGCCGUAGCUGCAGACGACCUCGCUCAGGUGGAGCGCUUCUUCAAGAUCCUUCCACUGCUAGGCCUACAUGACAAGGGCCUUGCACUGUUUGCUAAUUACCUCAGCAAUCAGCUGGCAAGUAAAGCACAGGACAAUCUGAUGUUGGCCAUCACUUCUGAUAUAGGAGAAAGAAGAGCGCCCAUGAUCUUUGUAGACACUCUGACACUGCUGCUGGAAGGAAUCGCCCGUGUUAUUGAGACCCAUCAGCCUAUUGUGGAAACAUAUUAUGGGCCAGGACGCAUGCACAGACUCCUCAGUCACCUUCAAGCAGAGUGUGACAAGCAGGCCCAGAGCGUAGUGGACAAGUUCAUCCAGAACAGAGACUACCAAAUUAAGUUUCAGGUGGUCCAGGCCAGUAUGCUGAAGGGUGUGUCCACAGAGAAGAUCGUGCUCAGGGAAUUAGAUGCUGUCCUAUCAGAAGUCACUCUUAUGAACUCUAGGUCGGAGCUUUAUCUCCGUUUCUUAAGGAGACGCAUGUUGGCUGACUUUGAAGUGGCAGAUGCCACGACGGCUGAUAGUGUUUCUCAGGAGCACCUGCAGGAUGUGGAGUGUCUAUUGAAGGAGUGUGAAUUGAGCCGUCGUAUGCAGGAAUUGAUUGGCUGUUACAUACCCAUGGAGGAGUACUACAUGAGAGAAACUGUCAACAAGGCCGUCACCAUGGACAACUGGGAGGUGGGUCAGAUGACGUCCAGCAUGGUGGACGACGUGUUUUACAUCGUGAAGAAGUGCAUUGGCCGCGCCCUGAGCAGCAACUCUUCUGACUGCGCGUGUGCCAUGAUCAAUCUUGCCACCAAUCUUCUAGAGAACGACUUCAGAGAGGUACUUGUCUCUAGGUUGCAGGUGGGUUAUCCCAGCAGCACUUUAGCAGACCUGCAGAGAGGUGUGAGCAGUGCUGUCAUUCUAAUGCAGAGCAGUCUUCAGCAUGGGAAAAUACAUACACACAUUGAGAGCCAGGAGCAGGCCAAGAAUGCCUACCUUGUGACCCUAAACAAUGUGGAUGUUUGCAGUGAGAACAUCAGCACACUGAAGAAGAACUUGGAGAGCGAUUACUCUAAGCUUUUAAAUCAAGGGGCAGGAUCUGAACAUGCUCAGGCCAAAAUUGACAGCUGUUUAAUGGACAUGGUGCACACAUCUAGCAAGUUCAAGGAUCUGCUUCAGGAAGGUUUAUUGGAGUUGAAUAACUCUGCCAUCAAGUCUCAAGUAAAGCCCUGGAUCACCAACUUCCUGUCUUUCUCACAUAACAUUGAAGAGGAGGAGUUUGGGGAGUAUGAGGCCAACGACCCGUGGGUCCAGCAACUCAUUGUCCAAUUAGAGCAGCUCAUGGCGGAGUUCAAGGACUCGCUUUCACUAGCUAUCUUUGACGCUCUGACCAGUUUGAUGAUGAACUUCAUUUCGAUGGAAAUGGAGAAGACCGUGUUUAAAUGCACCUUCAGCAGGCUGGGUGGGCUGCAGUUUGAUAAAGAGUUGCGCUCUCUUGUGGCAUAUCUCUCCUCGGUGACUUCCUGGACCAUCAGAGACAAAUUUUCUCGACUCACGCAGAUGGCUACGAUACUUAAUUUGGAAAAGGUAUUGGAAAUCCUGGACUAUUGGGGUCCUAACUCGGCUCCACUGACAUGGCGUCUGACCCCUGCAGAGGUGCGCCAGGUGUUGUCCCUUCGCGUGGACUUCCGCAGUGAGGAUAUAAAGAGGCUACGCCUGUAACUGCCUGUCACAAAAAUAGGCCUAGUGAAAUCAUAUUUUUGUACACACACCCAUUGGUUAACUAGGGAUCCGUCUGUGUUUCAGUUUCAGUUAGACUCAAACACAAUGUGUUGAUAUAUCUUUAUUGUUCAUUUGAGUCAGUUGAACUCAAACACAAUGUGAUUAUAUAUCUUUAUUGUUCAUUUGAGUCAGUUGAACUUAAACACAAUGUGUUGAUAUAUCUUUAUUGUUCAUUUGAGUCAGUUGUACUCAAACACAAUGUGUUGAUAUAUCUUUAUUGUUCAUUUGAGUCAGUUGAACUCAAACACAAUGUGUUGAUAUAUCCUUAUUGUUCAUUUGAGUCAGUUGAACUCAAACACAAUGUGUUGAUAUAUCUUUAUUGUUCAUUUGAGUCAGUUGUACUCAAACACAAUGUGAUGAUAUAUCUUUAUUGUUCAUUUGAGUCAGAAAGAUAAGGCAUUGGCAGGUGAGUGUUGCACUGUUCCAAUAUAAGACAACAAACCAGCCAGGGGGUCAGAGAGUCACAUGUGGAUAUCAAAUCUGUUUUGUUUUUCCUUUUGAAUUUUUACAUAAUAUUGUUAAUAUAACUCUUGUGAUACUGAAGAAAAUCAUAUUUUGCCUGCACGGUUACCAGGAAUCAACCAUGUGGUAUGUCUUAUUAAUCGACGAGUAACUAUGAGCAUGUCUUAAUCAAAGGUGUACUGGUUUUUUUCUGAGCUAUAAUAAAGGCAAAUACACACUG